AGUAAAACACCGCUCUGCGAGAGAGUACCUAAAAGCAAAAACAAAAAGAAUAGCAUUGAUCCACAAUAGCAACGAUUUUCUAGGGUUUUUUUUCCCGUAUCAGUAAGCAAUGGCGAUGGCUGCUCUCAGACGUGAAGGGAGACGUUUCGCCCCUCUGAUCUCUUCCCGCCCAGUCACGGCCGUCCGAUCCUCUCCUUUCGCUCCCUCUCACGAGGAUGAGGGUCGGAUUGGUUUUCGUUAUAUUUCAACUCAAAUCGUUCGAAACCGGAUGAAGAGUGUUAAGAAUAUUCAGAAAAUCACAAAGGCUAUGAAGAUGGUUGCUGCCUCAAAGUUGAGAGCAAUUCAAACUAAAGCUGAGAAUUCCCGAGGCCUCUGGCAGCCAUUUACUGCACUUCUUGGCGAUCUACCUAGUGUUGAUGUCAAGAAGAGCGUUGUUGUAACCAUCUCUUCUGACAAAGGUCUUUGUGGUGGAAUUAACUCGACAUCAGUCAAGAUAAGCAAGGGGGUCCACAAGCUGAACUCCGGCCCUGAAAAAGAAACAAAAUAUGUAAUUCUGGGAGAGAAGGCUAAGGCUCAAUUGAUCCGUGACUCUAAGAAGGACAUUGAGUUGGUCAUAGCUGAGCUGCAGAAGAAUCCUUUGAACUACACUCAGGUCUCUGUUCUUGCUGAUGAGAUCUUAAAGAAUGUGGAGUUUGAUGCUUUGAGGAUUGUUUUCAACAAGUUUCACUCUGUAGUUUCAUUUCUACCAACAGUGUCAACUGUAUUAUCACCCGAAAUUGUUGAAAGGGAAGCUGAAUCUGGGGGAAAGCUUGGUGAUCUAGACAACUACGAAGUUGAGGGUGGUGAGACAAAGGGUGAAAUACUUCAAAAUCUGGCUGAAUUCCAGUUCUCCUGUGUCAUGUUCAAUGCGGUUUUGGAGAAUGCUUGUAGUGAGCAAGGGGCAAGGAUGUCUGCUAUGGAUAGCUCAAGCAGAAAUGCUGGCGAUAUGCUUGAUCGCCUUACUCUUACAUAUAACAGAACCCGUCAAGCUUCGAUCACCACUGAGUUGAUUGAGAUUAUAUCCGGAGCAUCAGCAUUGGAGGGUUGAUUUCAAAUAUUUUUCCGAUAGUGACGAAAUAAAAAUCAGUGUACUGUUCUCUGGACAUGGUGGAGGUGCUUCCUUUUGAAUGUUUUGUUGAGGUACUUAAAUAAUCCCCCAGUAAUACAUCUUCCUUUCUGGGAAUUAAUGUACUUUGUGAUGGUUUUAAAUUUCAA